CAACUUCUUCAUUAUUGUUAAUUUCUCUCUCACCUCUAUUUCUCUCACACACCUUUUUCUAAUUUCUUCUCUUCCAUGUCACUUCUUUGACGAAUUCCAUAUACCUAGCCUUUUGAGUAGCAGAUAUGAGUCGUCUAUUCAUCUGGAUUUGAUGUGGUUGUAGUCUAACAUAGACCUUUGAUUCAAAUAAGAACAAAAAUAUUUUACUCAUCUGGGUAUGGAAGAAUACCAACAUGAAAGCAGCUCCACUCCUCAUAGAGUAAGUUUCUUGUACUCUCCAAUCUCUUCUUCCAACAAAAACGGUAACACCAACAAUGACAACAAUAAUAACAAUUAUGUUCCUGGUUACAAUAAUACUAAUAACAACAAUCAUCAACAACAUCAUCAACACAUGUUGUUUCCAAAUAUGAGCUCUCUUCUUCCUCAAGCGACCGAGAAUUGCUUCCGAUCCGAUCAUGAUCAGCCCACCCACCCAUCUGUUAAAUCUGAAGCAAGCUCUUCAAGGAUUAAUCACUACUCUAUGUUGAUGAAAGCCAUCCACAAUACGCAAGAAGCUAACAACAACAACGAUGUGGAAGCCAUGAAGGCUAAGAUCAUCGCUCAUCCACACUACUCUACCCUCCUACAAGCUUACUUGGACUGCCAAAAGAUUGGAGCACCACCUGAGGUGAUCGAUAGAAUUACUGCGGCACGGCAAGAUUUCGAUGCACGGCAACAGCGGUCAACAGCGUCCGUGACUGCUUCGUCCAGGGACCCGGAACUAGAUCAAUUCAUGGAAGCAUACUGUGACAUGUUGGUUAAGUAUCGAGAAGAGCUAACACGGCCCAUUCAAGAAGCAAUGGAGUUUAUACGUCAUGGGAAGAGUGAGGGUGUGGGAUCAUCAGACGAAGAGCAAGAGAACAACAGUGGAGGGGAAACAGAAUUACCGGAAAUAGACCCGAGGGCGGAAGAUCGAGAACUCAAAAAUCACUUGCUGAAGAAGUACAGUGGAUACUUGAGCAGUCUAAAGCAAGAACUGUCCAAGAAAAAAAAGAAAGGCAAACUUCCCAAAGAAGCAAGACAGAAGCUUCUUACGUGGUGGGAGUUGCAUUACAAGUGGCCGUACCCUUCUGAGUCAGAGAAGGUGGCAUUGGCGGAAUCAACGGGGUUAGAUCAGAAACAAAUCAACAAUUGGUUCAUAAAUCAAAGAAAACGUCACUGGAAACCGUCUGAAGACAUGCAGUUCAUGGUGAUGGAUGGUCUGCAGCACCCGCAGCACGCAGCUCUAUACAUGGAUGGUCAUUAUAUGGCCGAUGGACCUUAUCGUCUCGGGCCAUAAAAGACCGCAUGCAGAGGUCCAAAAGUGUUAGCCGUCUCGGGCCUUAAGAGACAGCAUGCAGAGAUCCAAAAGUGUUAGCCAUAUAAUAACAUCCUUUUGUUGCAUUCUUCGUUUACAAUUCAUGAUUUGAACUCCCCUACAUCAGUUUGCUACAUAUAGCUUUUAUUUGUUUUACCCGUUUUGUAAUGUGUCAUAUCGUUGGCGGGUUGGAGACUUCCUCAAAGAUCCCUUCAUUUGAAUUUCACUUUAAAAAAAAAUCGUUUUUUCUCUAAUUUUUUUGUUUAUAAUAUAUUAAGUGUUUUAAUAAUUGUGAUGGC